GGGAAUUCUCUUCUUUGUAUGCCCAACGUUAUCAAGGUAUACUUGGAAAAUGGACAGACGAAGGCUUUCAGGUUUGAGACAAGCACUACUGUGAAGGACAUUGUUCUCACCCUGAAGGAGAAGCUCUCCAUCCGGAGCAUCGCACACUUUGCCCUGGCUCUGGAGGAGCAGUACAAUGUGGCCAAGAUUCACCUCCUGCAUGAGGAGGAGCUCAUCGAGCAGGUGGUCCAAAAAAGAGAAUCUCACGAUUACCGGUGCCUCUUCAGAGUUUGCUUUGUCCCAAAGGAUCCCUUAGACCUGCUGCAGGAAGACCCAGUUGCUUUUGAAUAUCUCUACCUGCAGAGCUGCAGCGAUGUGCUUCAGGAAAGAUUUGCUGUGGAAAUGAAAUGCAGUGUGGCAUUACGUCUGGCUGCUCUGCACAUACAGGAGAGGAUCUAUGCUUGUGCUCAGGCACAGAAAGUAUCCUUGAAAUACAUUGAGAGGGACUGGGGAAUCGAAAACUUCAUCUCGCCAACCUUGCUUCGAAACAUGAGAGGGAAGGACAUCAAGAAAGCCAUCAGCUACCACAUGAAGCGGAACCAGGUGCUGCUGGACCCUCGGCAGAAGCAUAUGCUUGCAGCAGUCCAAGUGCGCCUGAGCUACCUGCAGAUACUGGGAGACCUAAAGAUGUACAAUGGGAGGAUCUUCAAUGCCACCCUGAUGCUACAGGACAGAGAAUCGUACGUUGCCUUGCUGGUGGGUGCCAAGUACGGGGUGAGCCAGAUUAUCAAUAAUAAGCUCAACAUCAUAACAAGCCUGGCAGAGUUUGCAAACAUCAGCAGGGUGGAGCUUGAAGAGGAGUCUGAAAAAGUGAGCAUGGUGAAAAUCUACCUGCAGGAUCUGAAGCUGCUGACUCUGCUGCUUGAAUCAAACAGCGCAAAGGAUCUUGUCUGCCUCAUCACUGGCUAUUACAGACUGUUCGUGGAUGCAAAUGUCUCCAUAUUUACCUGGGGAGAGAAAAAACAGCAACCACACCGUGUCUCAGCUGAAGAAGGGUAUGAAUCUCGAACCUGCAGUGACUCUGAAGACUCCUGGGAUUCCUCCUCAGAGCAGUGCUCAGAUGCUCCUGGGGCAGACAGCGGCGCCCAUCCUGUGUGUAGUGCAGAGGAGGUGGGUGAGGUCCACGGCCCACAGAAGGACAGUGCAAAGCCCCACGCCAGAGGGAGUGACCAACACAACAGGGGUGACAAUGCAACAGACAGCGCAUCCGAGGCUUCGGAUUCAGCCAACAUCGAGAGCCGAGGGUUUAAGACAAGUGGCUCCAGUGACUCUGUGGAUGCGCUGGAGGAAGAUGGGUUGGAAGCAUGCUCUUCCUCCAGGCCGGAGUUCUUACACUUCUACACACCAACAGUGCAGGAGAUGAGCAGCUCAGAGAAGAGCUUCUUCCCCAUUCAUGCUGUGGGAGGUUCCAGCCGGGCAGAAACCAGAGACUACUUCGGCUUCUUGCAAGUACGACAUGCAGAGGAGCCAGGGUGUGAAGACAGCCCCUGUGAGCAGAGAGGGGAGGACACUGUGGUGGACACCAGGCUGUCUGAGGGAAAUGCCAUGGGCUAUUACAGCCUGUGCUGCAGCAUAUCCCCUGCAGGCAGAGUGGAGAGGAGCAACACCACUUGCAGCCCACAAAGAAGCCCUUGCAAAGAUAGGUCUGCCCAGCAAGAGGCACCAUGCAGAGCAGAGUGGACGGCAGAGGCGAGUGACCCCAUUCUGGAGCCGCCCCCAGGCUUUGGUGACACGAGCUCUGAGGAGGAGUUCUAUGAUGCUGCAGACAGGCUCAGCCCUCCAGAUGCCCUGGCAGCAGGCUACAGUGUGACAUCCUGGGAGGGGACAGAAAACUCCUCCUGCAUCCUCCAGAAACCAAGGUGUUACAGCUUGGGGGAAAACCCAAUGGCAAGGCAGACAGCAAGGGACAAGCACAGGAAGGAGAAGGAGCUGACGUACACCAAGAGCCUGAGGAAGAGGAGAUCUUUCCUUAACACCGACUACACCUCACAGGUCACUUUCCCCUUGGCUUUGCCGGGAUCUCUGUGGAGCUCCGGCUCUUGGCCCCCGCACCCUCCACUCCUUCCACAGCCCCCUGCUCCCUCCUCGGAGGACAUGGAGAAGGACACAGAGCUGGGACUGCCUGCUGUCACCCCGGCCCAGAGAGGCACUCCCAGCACAAACCCGUCCUCUGACCUGAUGGAAAUGGAGCCUGACACCAUGGAAACAAAAUCCGUGACUGAGCUGCUGGUUUCCUCCAUUUCGGCUGUUCGCCUGCAGGGUGACCAGCACAGGGAGGAGAGCACGGACGCUGCUGUAUGCAUGUAUGGCAGCCUCCAACCUGCAUGUGCUGAACAUCCACCUUUCCCACCCCUGGAGGAAGCUGUGCCCCUUCCUGGGGGACAAAGCAGAGCUGCCCAGGAAAGCUCCUCCAUGAAGACAAAUACAAGGUGGCCAGGUGAGGAGAGCGGUGUGGCCCCUCACAGCGGGCUGGCCCCAGUGGGACGGGAGGAGGCAGGUGAGGGGAUGGCAGCCCAGCAGAAGGCAGGUGAAGUGCCCCCAUUCCUGGGCCAAGAAGUGACCUGCCCCAUUAACGAACACAUGCUGCCACCACCAGCUCAUGGCCCCGGGGUGGCCUCUCCCCAGGAGGUGGGCCAGGACCAGGAACUGCUCCCCACUGCUGGGAGGCAAGCCACGUCCGAGGAGCCUGUCCCAGCGCCCUGUGAAGGAAGGAAAGCUCAUCACGAUGGCUCUGCCAAAAACAGUGACAGUGCCUUGUCACAGGCAAAGAACAGACACAGGAUCAACAAGGAGGCCUUACGGAAAGUGCACAAUAAAAUCCAUGUGGGUUUUCCAGAUGCAGCUCAGCUCUUAACAGAUUGCAGCAGCACUUCAGGGGUUAUAACUCGCCUCUCCUGGCUCUCGUUUGGGGUUAGGACAGACCUCUCAUCACCUAGCCUAUCUCAGGAAAGAGCAGACACCCCACUAGAGCUUUUGGCCUCUCAGAAGACCAGUGAGUGCCUGGGCGCUGAUGCUGUCAGAAGGGAGAAGCCAACAUCUCCAGCUGGACCACCCUUGGAGAAAGAGUUGGUAAGCAGACAGGAUGAAGGAGAGCCCAGAAAAGACACAGAAAAUGUGGCUCACAAACAUCUGUGGCCAGUUCAGACUCCUCUUCCUAGAGAACAGGCUGAUGAGGUGGGGAAAGACUCUCCUCUGAGUCCAUCGCCAGGACUUUCUAUCUCCUCAGGCCCAAUUCCCUUGGGCUCCUUGGGGAAAAGAGCAGGAGAUCACAGGGCUUCAAAACACUCAUUCCUCUGCUUUAACUGCAAGAAGGAUGAGCAGACACCUUCUAACCCCAUCGUGACCAGGUCUUUGAGUUUUUCCAGAAUGGAGAAGAUACCUCCACCACAGCUUGGGAUGGAUAAGUGCAGCUGCCAGCUGUCCUACAUCAGCUGCUUCCACAGGCCUGAUGACAAGGGGGAGCAUGAAACCACCAUCCCCACGUGCAGCACAUUUCUGGGGCCCCUCACCACCCCGCCAUCCAGUAGCCGUAGUCUUCCUGGGACCCCUGUGAGCAGCUACCCAGUCUCCAUGGCUAGGGACACAGCAUGGUGGGACCCUCAUGUCCAAGCCCUUAGCCAGCUGAAGGACCAGGCAUGGAUGAGCCCUGCAGAUUUCUCUCGCUUUCUAGCCUACACCACAGAGCUUCAGGAGGUUGUGGGGAAGCUCUCCGAGAACCAGGCAACCCACCUGCAAGAUCAAUGUGCAGAGCAGGGUGCCGAGAGAAAGGGUGUCCUUGUCUCAGUCUCACGGGAUCUGCUCUCUAGCUGCCAGGAGCUCCUAAAAACAGAGCAGCCCCUCAGAGAGCUGCAGGGUGCACUGAGGGUGACAUUUGACCACCUAGUCCAGCUGGCAGUGGCCUGCUUCCAGGUGACGCACUGUCAGAUGUGCAGGCAGAGGCAGCAGGAGCUCGGGGCUGCGCUUGCGGACGUGGUGGGCACCUACCACCAGCUUGUGCAGGCUGUUCACCAGCAGCUGUGCAGACAGGGCUGCCCAGAUCUGGGGGCCAAGCUCCUGGCCCGUCACCACACAGCCCUUACAGCUGCCAUGUUUUGCCUCCUGCAGCAGGUCAGGGUGCCCCCGCUGUUGUGA